UCAGUUGGUCAUACACCAAUCAUACCAUCAUAUAAUAAUAUGAUAUGAUAAUAAAUAUGUCGUAAUUUAUAUGGUGAUACCUACAGAACCACCACCAAACUAUUAAUUAAGAUACUGAAAUUUUUAAAACGUCAUAAAUGAUCUAGUUUAGUUUUUGAGUUGAUUGCAUAAAUCAAAACAUUUUCUACCGAUUUCCUUAGUUCCAGUCACUACAGAAUCACUGUAAAUAAUAUUUAAACAGUGAAAACAUACAGAGCAUUUUUUUUAAAGAAGUUACAACUUUUAUUUUGGAAAUCCACAGACCGGAAAGUAUAAAGUUACUGCUGCUAACUUAAAUCUGCACAGCACCAGACGCUACAUUCAGCCACUAAUUUGACUCGCAGCGUAUUACUUUGGAGAAUUCACGUGCACGUUUAGGAUGAAGAGAAAGACAUUGUGUUGAUUCUUUGACCAGUUCCUGUAAAAAACGACGCACGGAAACUGGAGUGUUUGUUGAAAGUUGAUGACGGUGUAACGAGGAUUUGUGUCGACCGGACACAAAAUGUUCUGAGAUGCCUUCUUUUGACUUUCUGGAUAAGGUGGAGCGUUUUGUGCGGACAGGAACUUAUCAUAUAGAUGCAUCGAAAAGUUCAAAGAAAGUGACCAGAGCUGCCAGCAAACACUUUAUCUACAAAGAUGGCUGUCUGUGGCGGAGUUACAGAGGCCGCCUCCUCAGGGUCGUCAGGAGCGACGAGGAAGUGCGGGAGAUCCUGACGCGUUAUCAUGACAACAACAACCACGCCGGCCGGGUUCGAGCAGUAAAGGAGAUAAUGUUGAUGUAUUACUGGGUUGGAGUGACGGAGGCGGUGAAGACCUGGAUCAAAGCCUGUGCUGUCUGUCAGAGUCCGAAAUCCCACUGAACCACCCGAACCACCUGUCCAGUUCUGCCUGGCCUACGGCUGUGACGCCUCCAGCUACAUUUACCCUGAGCUCAGCUUCCUCAGGUUCCCGAAGGAGGCAGAGCAGCGGCGGAGAUGGCUGGUUGUGGCUCAGAGGGACGAGGGAUCGCUGCGUUCGAAUUCCUGCCUCUGCUCCCGACACUUUGAGCCGUCCUGCUUCACGCUGAGCGAGGAGGGUCAGCUGACUCUGUCACCAGACGCUGUACCAACCAUCAUCCCAGAGACAGCGGGAGAAGAUGAGAUUCCUGUCCCUUCAGAUGAGGAUUUCCUUCAUUCUAACGCUCUGGAGGACCUCCUCUCUACAGCUGCUACUGCACAAACCACAGACCCCUCUGAACCAUCCUUCAGUCACUCUGAAAUACCUGUGCAGCUGCAGGAACACCAGUACUGCCUCCCAGCUCCUGAUGCAGACUCCAUGGUGAGCACAGUGAGGGAGGACAAGAGGAGGAAAACCAUCAUAGAGCCAAGCUUCGUGAUUUACAACCAGAUCUCCAGGUAUCUGAGCCAUAGGGUCUUACCUAUGCAAAGCAAAAAAAGCAGAGGUGCUCUAAAGAGAAUGUCCAAGCGCUUUGGCAUAAUAGAUGGAGUGCUGAUGUACACACGAGUCUCUCCUCCUCUCAGAGUGCCGCGCAGCAGAGAGGAGGUGAACUUGAUCCUGCAGCAGUUCCAUGAUAACCAGGGUCACUACGGCCAGGGAAUCUGCCAGAGAGAGAUCACAAAGCACUUCUACUGGAGCAGCAUGACCCGAGAUCUGGCCCGCUGGAUCUCCAGCUGCCACACCUGCCUCAACAGAACCAAGAGGAAGUGGCUCCGCUGCAGCGUCUACAACUGCAACAACUGCUGUGGGCCGGUGGAGAGGGGCCUGGGCCUCACCUUCCAUAAUUUUCCCCUUCACAACGCGGCCCUGCUGGCUCAGUGGUUGAAGGCUGUCGGCCGUCCUCACUGGCAUCCUCGGCUCCGGUCGUCUAUCUGUUCGACCCAUUUCACUGAGGACUGCUACGACCGCAGCGGAGAGAAGGUCACCCUCCAUCCGGACGCUGUGCCCACACUGAUGAUCCACAGCGACUCAGCAGCCCAUUUCGCCAAGUACGAUGCCGUGGAGCUGUACCUCCGUAAACGCAUGUAUCCUCAUGGACUCAGCUACGUAGAGAAAAACACCUUCAGAAGGUUCUGCAAGAAGUUUGCCAUCAAAGAUGAUGAGCUCCACAUGGUGACGGGAGAUCGGGUGCGUUUGGUUCUGAGGAGCAGACAGCAGGUGGAGGUCGCCCUCACGGACUAUCACAAUGAGCUGAACCACCUCGACAUCAACAAGUGUCUCCGACUGCUCAACGAGAGGUACUUCUGGAAAACCAUGAGACCUGACGUGGUGCAGUGGAUCGACAGCUGCUCUGAGUGCAGCAGGAAGAAGAGGAAGGAACCAGAGAAGCAGACGGAAGCAGGAGGCUCAGAGUCACUGCUGCAGGCGCUCAGAUCACCACAGAUACAUGAUGAUUUAGACAGCGGGAAGGAUGAUGAAGUUGAUGAUGAGGAUGAUGCUGGUGACGCUGAUGAAGGUGGUGGGGAUGAGGGUGAAGAGACGCAGUCAGCAACAGAUUCAGAGGACAGAGUGGAAAACCCUCCACCCCCCCAGCCUGCAACUCCCAUCAACCCUCAGCCCAGAAUCCCCAUCGUCGUUCCUCUGAGAACUCCCAUUAACUUCCAGCCAAGGACUCCCAACACCUGGUCUGUCCAGAGAGGGAACCAUCCACAGUCUGAAGUCCAGAGGGAGACAAACAGCUCUGACGCUCAGUCUGAGAGUCACAGCAGCGUCCAGAUUCAGGUCAUAUCUCAGCCACAGGAACAGACGCAACCACAAGAGACAAGUGAGUCUCAGGGCAGCGCCAGAACACAUCACUACGUCAAAGUCCAGGGUGCAAACAAACCCCUCAGAGAGCCACAUCCUCCACCUGUCCUCCCUGCAAAAUCCCAACUACCGCAAACCACAGGCAAACAAAUUCAACCUCCUAGUCCAAACAGUGGACUAAAGACUCUGUCCAAACCCCAAAUAUCGACACAGUCCCAGAGCCCGCUGAAGAGGAGCAGAGACCUGGAGCCAGGCCCUUCGGCUAAGAGGAGCUCCAGCUGUGGCCUGGACCCUGUGGUGGCCCCGAGCACCAAACCCUGGCCCGUCUUCACCAUCGCUGACGCCGCACCGGUACACACAGCCAAACCCCCUCCUGAGGUGGACAGCCCAGCUGUCUUUCGGAGGCCGAGGAGGCUUCAGGCCCGGACCAUCAUCCAGCAGUGCAGUCAGGCGAAGGUGAAGAUCAAACCGGCCCUGGACGGGGCCGACGCUCAGUGGGCCGAGAUCCAGGAGGGAAUGGUUGUGUAUGUUUGUUUUUUCCACGGAGCCACUGACGACGUCGUUUAUGAAAUAGCCAACAGUCUGAUGACGACUAAACUUUUCCGAAAAGACACUGGGCACUCAGUGUCCGUCCUCGACCUUCCUGGGAGCGUUUUAUUUAUCCCCCAGGACUCCCUGCUUGGGGAGCUGGUGCCCAAGAGAAAGGUGCAGUAUAAAGGUGGGUGUGAGCUGUGGUGGGGCGCCCAGCUCUUCUCAAACCUGGUGUUCACCUGCAGAGAGCUCAUGCUGGGCUCCAUGAAGUGCACAAAAGCGGGUGUGAAGGUGGAACAGGGAGUCUACGGUCAGAAACAAGAGAUGGUCCUGAACUCUGUGGAGCCGCUGACACUGCUGCUGGAGUUCUGAGGUACAUCUGUCUAUGACUCUGUGCUCCGAACAGAUUGGAUUCCCUUUGAAAACACCUCACAAAUAUCUAGCUUCAUUUAUAGAAAAGCCCAGUGAUUUCCUGAAGAAGCUGCCUCAUUCUAGCUUUUAAGAAAAUGCUACUAAAACAGGAAGAAACUGCAUUUGUCAGGGACUGUUCAGUGGCGGAUUAAUCCACAUUUGGUGUUUUAGUGAGUAUCUGGUGCAGCAGGACAAGUGUUAGUUUGGAUCUGCACAUGGGAUUAAUCAACAAUAAGGAAAGUAACUGAUACUAAUCAUGCAUCUGUAAUUUUAUUUACAUGCAGGCUGUUUUUUAAAUGUCUUUUGUUCAUAUUGUUAAUAAUGUAUAGCUGAGAAAAAAAGCUAACCUUGUUAUAAAAUAACUAUUUUUUGUAAAACAAAAUGUGUUCAUUUUAUUCAUUGAGCUCCAAAAUACAUUCAGUCAACAGCAAAAUGAAGCUAAUUACUCAGCUAACGAGCCAUGUGGGCAUUUCUCUGAUUGUAUGGAUUUUAAGUGCCAAAUGAAACAUAUCAUCUUUAUUAGCACAGACAGUCUAAUUUAACAUCUGCAUGAGAAUUAAAACUGACAAAUAUAUAUUAAAAAACAAAGUGACAAUGAACAAAGAAGCAGAAAAUGACCUUCUUUUUUUUUUUUAAAUGAACGACUGAAAAAAAUACACAAAUACUAUAAAAAAUAAGCACUUUCAAGUUUUCCUGCAAAGCUUCUUUUUGGUUCUGCAUGGCUGCUACACUGAAGUAAUGUUAAAGCUAAUGCUAAUUUCAGUCUUGUUUUGUUGUCACUACAGUUACACUGAAACUGAUUCUUCAACAAAGAAACAAAAUUGCAAGAACGAACAAAGAAAAAAACUGUAUCCCUCAACCAUGAGUCAGUUUCUUAAGAAACAAACUGGUGUUUUCCCUGGUGAACCAGUCUGUGACUUGACUUCUUUUGUGGGGAAAACAAACUCCAAAAAAAAAGUUUAAAGUGUAAAGUUUGCACAAACCAAACGCACCAUGUGUCCAUAACACUCACACUACAAAAAGAGUAUGAAUCAGUCAGUCAGUUUCGCCCUGUACACUUUACUGUGUUGUGUGUUUCUCCACACAUUAUUUAAGCAGCUUCUUGUCCCUGGUUUCUCAGAGACUCUGUAAUAACAGAGGAGCACUGCAUUCACAAA